AUGAAAAUCCUCACCAAAGAAGAGGAAGCGGCCCAUUACCGCGAGACCCUUAAGGGUGGUGCCAUCGGCGGCUUCUCAGGACUCGGUCUGGGCCUUGCUGGUGUAGCAAUUGCAUCAGGCCGUUACCACUUCUUUCGCACACUCACUCUACCUCUAAAAGCCUUCCUCGUUACCUCAGCCGGCACCUUCGGCGGAAUUGUUGCGGCUGACCACUGGUCAAGGAAAUUUGAACAAGACCGUAAUCCGAUAGAUCGCGAGUACCAAGAAAGCCAAAAAGAGAAGAGGGAGGAGCAGGUGGCGGGGAAAACCUUUACACAGCGAGCGAUUGAUUUUGGCCGGGAGGAGAGAUACAAGAUUGUCGGUGGCUCCUGGAUUCUCUCUAUGGUCGCAGCGUUUUCGAUUGUCAAUCGAAACAAGUAUCUCACCGGCGCACAGAAGCUUGUACAGGCCCGUGUCUAUGCACAAUUUCUCACACUCGGCGUUCUCGUGGCCUCGGCAGCGUUCGAGAUCAGCGAUCAGCGCCAGCAGACGGGACGAUGGGAAACAGUCAAGUACAUUGACCCUAGCGAUCCGGAGCACAAACGCAUCAUUGAGAAGGAAGUCGAGGUGAAACAGGGCUUCGGUGGUGAGAAGGAAGAUCGGUCCGGCCGAGACCGGUGGAAGGAGAUGGUAGAUGCUGAGGAACAGCGCUUGAAGGGCAGGCAAGACGAUGAGAAGCGGUGGAAGAAGGACGCAGAAAAGAGGCACCACAGCGCAAAUGGGAAGAAGAAUGGGAAGAAGGAGCAGCACGAUGAGGAUAAGGAAAAGAGCGACUCCAAGGCCGAGGACAAGAAGGGAGAAAAGGCCCAAGACAAGAAGGACUGA